UUGUUCAAUGUUUAUUUGAUGAGACUGAAAUCUGAUAAUAAUCCUUAAGGAAUUAGAUAGUAAAAAAACCCAGUGAGGAGACUGUUGAUGUGGGUGUCUGCCCCACUGUGGGUGUGUUAGGAGUGCAUAGGAUGCCUCAGCAGGGUGUGGCUGCUGUUUAGGUCUAUUUUACCCAUAUGCAUUUUCCUGUAAUUAUGUAGGUGUGUUUGAUGAUAAUUUUUUUUAAAAAUACUCCACAACCUGACAGUCACCUCUGAUCAAUAACAACAUUGAUCUCCACUGUACACCCACACGCACACCACCGAUAAUUAUUAUUAUGAAGGUAUUUUCAACUGGACUGUCUUGGUUUCUGGAACAUGUUUCACCUCUUCAUCCAACAGUAUUAUUAAGAUCAAGCUGACUGCUGGAUAAUUCUGGUAUUUAGCCUCAGAGUGACUGAAUUCCUGAUGCGAGUCAUUGACAGGAAGUUGUGGUCAAAACAGCCAGGGAUGCACAAAAAAUAUAUAUAAAUUUGGAUCUAACUCUGAGUUUUAUGAUGAAAACUUCUGUGAAGUGUUUUGUGUUUGAGCCCAGCAGGUUGACUGUUGCAUAUCUCCUCCCUUGACAACAUAGAAGUGUGGUUUAUCUUUAUGUGGUUUAAAUGACGACGUUGUCUCUUACAGAGUUACAUAAAGAAACCAGUGUAGAAUAAAGGACACCGUUCUAUGUAAACUAUAAUAUUAAGUGACUAAAGCAGACGACAAAGGUAUGUUUGUCUACGGUGUGUGGUAAAGACUGACACACCCUCACAUGUAUGGUCUCUCUGUUGGAUAAUCACUGCUGUGAUUAAUAUAACAGGAAAAUGACCUCAAACUGAUAAAGAGUUCAGUUGGAAAACAGGUAUAACAAAAGGUAUAACAAAAGUUAUACCUGGUAAUACCUGUAGAACAGGGUUUUAAAGUAUAUUUGUGGAAAGAGGAGUUGAAGUGAAGGGUGGUGUCGAGGUGGAGUCAGAACUGUGUCACUAAUGGAAGAAGUUACUUCAGGUGAUGUCAAUAAAGUGUAGUUUAAAGAAUUCUGGAAUUUUGUGAUGUUUUGGACGAGUGUGUGAAGAUCGGAGGAGCAAAGAUGGAGAUGGAGUUACGGAGUCAGAGUUGAGGACAGUCAGAGAACGAGAACAUGUAGCUGUAAUGUGAAUGGGUCAGAGAGUUGAGCAUGUCAACCUGGGGGUGUCAGGAAUGUUGUAACAGUGUCGACAACAGCCUGGAGCCCAGAGCAGGGGCUCCAGGCUGUAUAUUAUAAUUCAUAAUUAUGAUAUGUAUGUGUGUUAGCCAUUUGAUAGGGUUUUAACUCCAGACUGAAACAGUCGUAAAGUCAAAUUUAUUUUUUCAAUAUUAUUCUAAGUCCACUUUUCUUUUAAAAGGACAAGAUAUAUCUUGAAAUUCCAGAAAUAUCUUGUUCAUAUACGUACUUACGUACGACGAAGAUGUGUAUAUGAUUAGGCUGCGAAAAGAUUUUAAUUGGUAAGCCAAUAAUCACAGGAUAGCUGUGCAUGUGAUCAUGAUUAGUUGUUAUCAUGAUUAGUUGUGAUCAAAACAAUGGCGUCAAUCUUUCAACAAAUAUUAACUCUGUCGUGUGACUUUGUCCCAGUUUUUAAUUUUGGCCGACUGUGACUUUGACGUUGACACCCCCGCUCUACAUCCCUGCUGUAUUUCAGUCAUUAUUGGUGUGUGAACUGUCAUUGUGGACAACAGUUCCUACAACCACGAAAUAAAAACGCCCACUCCUGUGGUGGACGCCCUCAGACAGAGACAGAGUUAUGCCUGAGUGAGACAGUGAACGCAGCACGGCCGUGUGCUGCCUGUGCUGCUCCUGGCUCCGUCCACAGAAAGCGGCCCUGCUGCAUUCCUCACCAUGAUUUCCUAUUGUUGAUAUGCAGCAGAGACGCCCUGAUCCUGAAUGACCGUCAUGUCUGGUGAUGCAGCAACAGCACACAGUUAAUCUGCUGCUGGGCUUCAUUUGUCUCUUUAACACUGGACCUCGUGUCUCUGUGCUGCGAGUGACGUCCUCUCUGGGCCACAGGCCGUCACACUGUUGGCUAAACACACAGGACAUGCAGGUUCUUAGCAUGUAGCUCGGUGUAGAAGGGAUCUUAGAGGGUGAGGGAGUUGGUAGUUGGGUGGAGAUCACAAAUAGAAGAGGAGGUCAAAUAAUAUAAAUAUACCAUCAACUGGACUUCAGUGAAGAUUUUCAGUGUUUUCACUCAACUGGUUUCAAUUAGUGAUUUAAAAGUUUAGUUCUGCACCAAAUUGAAAAAAAAUCAUGAACCUCAAAGAUGACUUUUCAUUUUAUUUCCAAAUAAAUCCCUCCCUCAAAAAUACCUUCACUUAUCCUUAUAUGAUGAUCAACACGAGGCACUAGAUUGAUGCAGUGGAACGGUUCCUGCCUGCCUUGUACAAGUCUCUGGGUUUGAGUCCACCUAAUCCCCAGAACCAGAUCCCUUUUUUUUUUCUUGAUAAUAUGAUGAAUUAAAAUGUCCUCUGACACGACGAUCCAAGUGAAGAUUGAGUUUGUUUUUUUUGCCUGACUGUGAGAUGAUCAACAGUUUGAGCUCCGGUGGUAACGAUGACCUUUUUUGUCUGUAGUUUCCACAUUCUCCCUGUGUGUGGCAGUGUUUUCUCCAGUUAGCCUGGAGAACAGAUUAUGGAUUAGGUUAGUUCUUCACUCUUUAUGAAUGAAAACAAUUGUUCAUCUCUAUAUGUGGCUCUGUCAUGGACUAGACCCCUUCCCCUCCACCCCCUCCCAUUUAUAUUUUAUAUCUCUGGGAUUAUACCUCAAGUAUUCAGUUUUACUACUGCAGGAAUUCUCAGUCCAUCAAAGGUCCUCUGCUGCUGCUGUGUAUCAGGACUUGAGUGAAUAGGGAGGGCAGGAGCAGAGGAGGGAGAAAGGGAGAGUGUGGAGGAACAGGUUGCUCCGGUCUGGUUCUGCAGGAUGGAUGUCUGGGCGGCGACACGCCUGCUGACCCUGCUGGGAGGAGCUGCCAUCGCUUAACACUGUGCCGAUGUGAACAUGUGUAUGUUUGAGAUACCUGGGUAGGAACCAGGGGGAAGGAGGAAGACAGAGGCAGAGACGGAAUAAGACCCAAGAGAGAGAGAUUUCUGUGGGAUCUCGGCGUGACCCACUACAACUUCCAGGAUGUUUAAGAAAAAGGAAAGUUCCGACAGCUUGAGCAAGAGCACCAAGACCAGCACCAGUAACCUGGCCUUGCUGAUCGCUCAGAUGCAAAAGAAUGCCGACCAGGUGGAGAAAGAUGUCUUGCGGGCAGAAGAGCUCCUGGCUGUGGAUGCAGAAAACGACAAGAAGGAGCUGCCGUUUCAGCAUCAGACUAUGAUCUCAGACAAACUGGGCGAGGCUGAAGGUCUGCUCAGGGACCUGUUUUUGGACCUGGACAAAGCCAAGAAGCUGAAACAUCCACAGGCCAGAGAGAUAGAGAAUGAUGUUAUCCGCCUGCACGAACGCUGGUUGAAGGACUGCGGCUUCUACCGUGACAUCUACGAACAGAUUGACGACGUGUCGCUGAUGCCCAGAAUCGACUGGAAGCCCGUGUUUGUUCAGAAGCAAAAACAGCUGAGCUCGGAGGUGUACGGCCCCAGCAUGGAGGACCUGGAGAAGCAGAUCGCCUCCCACAACAUCCUGCACAAGCAGAUCGAGGCCUACAACUCACAGCUCAAUGUCAGCUCCGCCGGCAGUAAGGACAAUUACCUGACCCUGAAGAAGGAGUACAACAGUAUACUGGACAAAUCCAAGUGGCGCCGGCACUACCUGAACAGCCUGUAUGAAUACAUGCACGGCUGCAACAAGGAGCUUUCUUUUCUGGCGGAUGAGCAGAACAAGAUCCAGAAGCAGGACUGGAGUGACCGCAUGGUGGACCCAAAUGAUGUGCGCAGGCAGUACGAGAAUUUUAAGAACAACAGCCUGUUGUCCCAUGAGAGCGAGGUGAACAAACUCCAGGAUGAAGGAGACCGACUCGUGGAACUGAAGCAUCCUGCCAGCUCCACCAUACAGACUCAGAGAGAUGCAGUGAGGAACGAGUGGCAGAAAUUCCUCAAUCUGUGCAUUUGUCAAGAGACUCAUCUGGACAAUGUGGAGGAGUUUAAAAGAUACCAAAUGGACACGGAUCAACUGUCAGAGUCACUGACCAAACUCAACAACAGCCUGGACCCCAAGACCAUCAGCAAAAAGACCAACUCAGAGACACUGCUGCAGCUUGAGAGAGAAGAGAAGACCAUGCAGAACGCUGAGCAGCUUUUGGCCGACCUGAGAAGACGCAGUACCACCAUCUGUCCACUGAAGCUGAGACGCAACACCCCCAACAAGUCCGUCACAGUGGAGUCCCUGUGCGACUGGGAAACAAACAAGGAUUCUCUGUUACGAGGGGAGAGGUUGACCCUGAAAUCAAAUUCGGACGAGAACUGGAAUGUCAUUUCCACCAGUGGAGAAACUAAAAGCUUCCCAGGAGUUUGUUUCCAGAUCCCACCGCCUGACCCUGACGCCAUCACCAAGGUCGAUCUUUUGGGGGGUGAACUUGGGGACAUCAAGAAAAGAAGAGCUACUCUGGCUUCAUCUCUGAAGAAUCACAAGUCAGAAGUAUCCAGGUCUCUUCAAUCAGCCCCAGUAUCUUCUGCUCCACUGGAUCCAAAACUAAGUGCCCUGGCCCAACAGAUGGACAAUUUGGACAACGACUUGGCCAGUGCCGAGGAGAGCAUGUUGAGUCGCCUCCGAGCCCCACUGAACCGCAGUGACCCGGCUGGAGACUUGGCCAAAAGACUGAGGGAGCAAGAGCAAGCUGCCUUGGCCCUAAAGGCUCUGGAGCAGCAGAGACAGGCAGCUAAGGCCGACCUCCAGCCUCUGCUGUCCCAGGACCCCAGCGGAACCUCCUCUGCACUGCCUCUCAAGCUAAACGCCACCAACAACAAGUAUGACGACAUGGUUGCACUCGCUGACCUCUUUACCAAGAAAGCUAACGCCUCCCUCAAUCUGGAGAAUCAAAUUAAGAAGGUAGAUGGUGUUGUUUCUGGAUUUGAGAAGAAACUAAGUGACGAUGGUCCGACUCCUGAUCUACCGAACGCAGUCCAAAGCCAUCUUGACGACAUCCAGUACCAACGUAAGGCUGUGACAGCAGCUCAGGGCGACAUGAAGAAGCUGAGUCAGGAUCUGGACACCACAGAGCAGCUGUGUAGUUCUCUGCAGCAGGGCUACCAGGAGUACUGCCCCGACAUCCAGCGCCAGAAAACGGACGUGAAGCAGCUGCAGACUCGAUACGCAAAUGUUGCCAACCAGCUGAAGGAGAGAGAAAGCAUCUUACAAGAAGCUGCAUCCAAGAACCAGGAGUUCCAGGCCACGUCCAGGUCUCUCAGCUCUUUUCUGAACAGCCUGCCAACAAACCAGAUCAGCUACAAUGAUGACGUGUCCCAGGUUGCUGCCAAACAAAGCUCCCAAGAUAGGGUAGUGGAGGACCUGAAGAGGAAAGGGAACGAUAUGGAUCGCAUAUCUGAUUUGUCUCUGGACCUGCAGAAUCUAUUCAAUGACUAUGACACUAAUGUUGAUAAAUACAACAGUACACUGGAGGAGAAUGGGCUUUCUAUCCCAACAAAACCAAAAACAUUCACACUCUCUGAUGCUGUCCGGAAAGAGGAAAAGGACUUAGUGAACAGCUAUGCUAAAGCCACAGCUGAAAACACCCAACGCCAAAAACAGAUGGACUUGGCCAAGAAUCUGGUUUUACAAAAUGAGGAAAAGAUUCAACAGGUGGCUCAGCAGCAAGUGCAGCUGCAAAGCCAACAAAGGAGUGCUGUAGAGACGGAGACUUUGAUGAGAGAGCUGGAUGAGGAGAGGGACAGGACAAGUCACGCUGAGUUAGAACUCAGAACCUUUAGAGACAGGAUGAUGUCGCUGAAGAGUCGCAGAGGAGUGGAGCGCAUUGAGGAAAAAGAGGUGCUGCAGUACUACCGCGACCCAAAGUUGGAGAGUGAUUUGUCUGACUUGCAAAAAAGCCUGAUGGAAGAGUCUCUGCGACGUACCACAGUCUAUACAGACGUUGAAGUUCUUAACAAGAAAAUCACAGUUCUGGAGGACACCCUGAAAAACACUGCUCCUAAACUGGUGACCAAAGAGGUAACAGAGUUUGAGAGGGAUCCUCAGUUGGACAAAGAGGCAAGUAAAUUAAGAGAGGAGAUGGCAAGAAUGAGGGAUGAAAUUCACGUACGAGAUGGAGAACAAAUUCAGAUGAAGACAGAAGUCACAAUUCUUCAACAGAAGCAGCCACCAAUCAAACAGAUGGUGGUGAAGAAAGAGGUGCUGAAAGUAGAACAGGACCCAGAGAUGCUAAAAGCAGUGCGUCUGUUUGAGCAUGAGAUUUCUGAUGAAACCAACAAGAUGAAGUUGAUCAAUAACGACAUCUUCCAAACAAGGAGUCAGAUUAAUGCACUUGAGCGUCUAAUUCCAAAUAUUCAGCCCAAGAUCAUCACCAAGGAAGUAAAGAAAAUCGAACAAGACCCUGAACUUGUCACCGAAUCCAUGACGAUCAGAACCAACCUUAAUGAGGAAAGGGCUCAGUAUGGCACCUUGUCCACUGAGUUGAGGGAUCUGCAUAGCCGUUACAGAGAGGUUCAAGACUGGAAACCAAAAAUUGAGGUGAAGGAAAUUGUCAAUGAAAUCUACCGGAUAGACCCUAAUACAGAGAUGGAGAUAUUGCGACUGAGAAGAGAAUUACAGGACCUGACUAGGCAACGCUCUGAUAUAGAGAGGAACCUAACUCAGGUUACAUCCGAUGUGCACAUUCUUCAGUCUGAGAAACCUAAAGUGGAAUAUAAAGAGGUUCUUCAAGAGGUGGUCAAAGAAGAAAGAAGUCCUGAAAAUGAGAGAGAGAUCCAGAGGCUCAAUGACCAGAUUUACCGUUUACGCACCUCCUACAGCACUCUGCAGGACCGCGUGAGGCUACUUAGAAAUGAAAGGGAUGAUUUGAAAGCUGAAAAGUCCAAAAUAGAAACCCAGGUUAUCACCAGAGAAGUCAUUAAGUAUGAACCUGAUCCACUGUUGGAGAAAGAGGCUGAUCGUUUGAGAAGAGAUUUACGCGAAGAGGCGCAGCUGAGGCGCAACACUGAAGAGAUGGUGUUUGAUCUACAAAACAAAUACAUUCAGCUGGAGAGACAGAAACCUGAGGAGAAAGUGAUUGUGCAGGAAGUUGUACGUUUACAGAAGGAUCAAAGACAGGUACUUGAGCAUGAUCGGUUGGGCAGGAGCUUGGAUGAAGAAAUAAUGACCAGACGUCAGACUGAACUAGAGCUCCAGCAACUGAGAACAACAUUGGAAAACAAAGAAAGGAUCCUCAGAGAGAGUGAUGAGCGCCAGAAAAGGGUCCAGGCUGAGUCUGAACUCAGAGAGAUCCGUAUCCGUAUUACACAGCUGGAGAAUGCACCACCCCCUGUUGAGGAAAGUAUUAUUGUUGAGGAAGUGCUAAAGGUUGAGAGAGAUCCAAAACUGGACAGGUUGACCAAUAACAUUCGGUCUGGUAUGGACAACGAAACUAGAGAAAUCCUGCGUCUCCAGAGAGAAAUCCGUAAUAUCACUCUGAGGAUUGAGAUGCUGAAGAGAGAAAAGUCUGGUGAGAAGACGGUGUACAAAGAGGUGGUUCGUGUUGAGAAAGAUCAAGCUGUUGAAACUGAAAGAGAUCAUUUGAGGGAACAGGUUACCCAACAAAGAUUUGCCAGACAAGACCUGGAGGAUGAAAUCAGACGUGCCAGGGAUAAAAUCAACCUCCUGACGAGCUCCAAGUCCAGCACCUCAAGAGAGGAAACUUCCCUUACGUUGAGCAGAGAUGCACUCGAGAGGGAGAAGGACAACCUCACCCGGGAGCUCAGAACACUUGAAACCAAAAAACAGGACAUCAGCCUGUCCUUCCACCAGCAGAGUCGGCUGAUGAGUGAGAGAACACAGAUGAGUAGACAGAGAAGCAUUAAAAUGGAGUCUGACGUACAGAGACUGGAGAAGGAAAUCCUGAAUGAAAAAGACAGGAUUCAUGAACGGGACACCGCCAUCCGUGAACUUGUGCUUCUACAGCAGAAAGAGGAGAACACAGAGACAAGGACCAAGGAGACCAAUAUCUCCACCAAAAUCACCAUUUUGGACCCAGAAACAGGCAAAGACAUGUCUCCUUAUGAUGCCUACCUGCAGGGCCUGAUCGAUCGCAAACAGUACAUUCAUCUGCAAGAGCUGGAGUGUGACUGGGAAGAGGUAACGUCUAUGGGACCUGAUGGUGAGUCAUCAGUCCUGCAGGAUCGAAAGAGUGGCAAGCAGUUCUCUAUCAAAAAUGCCUUGAGAGAUGGCCGGCUGACGGAAUAUGAUAUACAACAAUACAAAGAUGGAAAACUCCCCAUCUCAGAGUUCGCCUUGCUUGUAGCAGGUGACAAUAAAAAGCAGCUUGAGUUUAAUUCGGUCGUCCCCAAGACAACUACUACUACCACCCUAAAAUCAUCCCAGUUUGAGCUGCCCACCUCAAGGGAAUUCCUGCCAGUUGCUGGAGUCAUGGAUACAAAUACUGACACGUGCUUUACAAUACGCAGCGCUGCUAUGCGUAAACUGAUUGACCCCACUACUGCCCAAAGGCUCCUUGAAGCACAGGCAGCAACGGGCGGAAUUUUUGACAUCAACAAUAAAGAGAGGUACACCGUUCACAAGGCAGCAACCAGAGGCCUCAUUGAUGACAGUCAAAUGCAGAGGCUACUUAAUGCUCAAAAAGCUUUCACUGGUGUAGAAGACCCUGUUACCAGAGAGCGACUGUCCACUGGAGAGGCGGUUCAGAAGGGAUGGAUGACCAAGGACACUGCUCUGCGUUAUAUGGAGGCACAGCACCUGACUGGAGGCCUGGUCGACCCCAACACUGGCCACAGAGUGAGCAUCUUGGAUGCCAUUGGGAUGAAGAUGAUUGACAGCACAAUUCUGAGGGAGCUGCAGGCUGAGACCACCUACACCAAAGAUAUUACAGACCCAAUCACUAAAGAGAAAAUCAACUACAAACAAGCUCUGGAUCGCUGUAAAAUAGACCCAGUGACCGGCUUACCAAUGCUGCCUGCCUCCUCCAAGGAUUCUGGGUACACUUCAAUGUACAACUCUACAAGAUAUGCAAAGUUUUAGAUUUGUUUACAACAUGCUGAGAGUUUAGUCAGUCAUGGUCCAGUAAACAUGUACUGUUAGAUAUGGCCAAUCCAUAUAAAAUCACGAUUCAUUACAAUUUUGACUCAGGAAAAGUCUCCUACAGCAACACUUGAUCGUUGCUGUGUUGCCUCUGUUUACUGUAACUGUACCUGACAUGGGCAAUGUUUUAGAUCUAAUUUAAAAAAGAUUUUAAAUUACAUUUAUCUUUGUUUUAUUGUGUUAGGGUUCCUGGGACAUGGUGCAAUUCUAUUUACUAAGAUUGAUUAAUUCCUGUAUUAUCCAUGGGCAUCGCUGUUCGCUUUAAACAUAGUCUUGUUUGAUACUUUAUUAAGAAACAAAUAUCAAUAAAAUUAAAUUAUAAUGGCAAA